AUGCUGGGCCAUGGACUUGCUUCUCGCCUUGCUGCUUCGUUAGUGAUCCUUCUUCAAUCGAGGGGCGCCGGGGCAGAUGGAACGACGUCAUUGACAACGACUUCGACCACUGUGUUUUCCGUGGAUUCCAGCGUGGCGGCCAUACUUCGCUUGUACAGCUCAGACGACUGCGAAGGCGACCCACAUACGGAGAUCAACCUUAGAAAUACCAGCGAGAACCACUGUCACGGCUGCCUGGACCGCUGCUCGUCGGCAAGUUCUGGCUUUCGCUCCAUGAGGCUUGAGGGCGGUCCCGGCGAUGCAGCUGCGGUGGCAUGGAACUGCGUUGGCAGUAUCAACAGCUACGAUUCUGCUGGAUUCGCGCGGGGAGGGUUGGUACAAGCAAAUGCGGGCUGUCACUUCUCGGGAGGCGGGGGAGCUGUGGUGCUAUGCUCAGCCGACUUGGCAAAUGACAACUAUCUCCAGGAGCUGUCGGCUACUUGCGCGGGCGACGCAGCAAGUAUCUCGGCAAGCGCACUCACCUUCAGAUCAUGCUGGCUCCCCAUGCUGGUCGUGACAGCAAGGCUGCUGUGA